UGCUGUGAGGCGACAUUGCUAACCACUGAGCCAAAAACAUAAACUUCGGUAGUAUUCUAUAAUAAAAAAAACAAGCUCCCAUACAGCAGGUGGCACAAUUACCCUUGUUAACCCUAAUAAGUUCUUACUGGUAAUCUUCUUAGUUACAGCCCCUCCCUCUCAGCCAUCUGCUUUGGCUCAAAAGCUGAGCUGAUUUUUAUACUGAGGCCUGAGAGAGAGAACUGUCUAUCUACCUCAGGAUGUAUAAAGCUUUUGAGAGCCGUCUGGAAAAUGAAAGCAAUGAAGAUGAAGCAUCCCUGUCCUCUUCCUUCUGGACAGAUCGAGAGAGCGAGGAGGAAAAUGAAAAGGACUAUGUUAAGAAAGAAAACAAAAGGACUGAGAAAAGGCCUGAAAGAGACAGUAAAGAUGAGCAGGAUAAUAAAGAGAGGACGAUGCAUAAAAAUUUGGAUUCUGAAGACGACAAGGAAAAAAGAAUGGAGCAAUUCACAAAAGCAAUUCAAGAAAAAGGAGAUGAAAAACAAAGUAAAGAAGAGAAAAAUGUAAAAGAGGUUAAAAGUAAAGGAAACAUGAGUAAAGAAGCAGGCAAGAGUGAGGAAGAAGAGAGUGAAGAGGAAAAUGCAAGUUCAGAAGAGGAGAAAGAGAGUGAAGAGGAGGAAGAUGAAAGUUCAGAAGAAAAUGAAGAUGAGAAUGAAGAGGAAGAAGAAAGUAAGGAAGAGAACAAAGGAGGAAAAGAACAAGAAAGUGAGCAUGAAGAGUUUGAGCUAUAUGAACUACAAAAAGAGAUUGAUGAUGACUCAGAAGAAAGUGAGGUGGAGGAAAGUGAAGAGGAGGAAGACGGAAAAGAAUUUGAAGACAAGGAAGAGCAAAGUGAAGUAGAAGAAGGGGGAAAGGAAAGUGAAGAGAAAGAAGAAUGUGAAGAAGAGGAAAUGGUGGAAAGAAGUGAAGCGUCAAAAAAAGAGAAGAGUCAAGAGGAAGAAAAAGAGCAAGAAAGUGAAGAGGAGAAAAAAGAAAGGGACCUUGAUGAGACUGAAGAGCAAAGUGACGUUGAAGAAGAGGGAAAGGAAAGUGUUGAAAAAGAAGAAAGUGGAGAAGAGCUAACGGGGGAAAGAAGUCAAGAGGAAAACAGUGAGCAAGAAAGUGAAGAGGGGGAAGAAGGAAGUCAAGACGAGGAGGAAGAAGAGUUUUCAGAGGAAGAACCAGAAGAUAGUGAAAAGGAGGAAAAAGAGGAAAAAUUUUUUGGAGAAGAUGACAUACAAAAUGAGGAAGAGGAAAAAAAAGAAGACAGUAAAGAGGAAGAAGAAAGUCAAGAGGAGGAACCAGAAUUUUAUUUUUGUGAACAGAGAAAACGGAAUGAGAGGAAGGACGAGGAAGAGCCAGAAAAGGAAGUGACUGAGGAUGAACUAAAUAGUGAGGAGGAGGGAGAAAGCUUUAGUGGAGGAAACACUGAGGAGAACGAGGAGAAAAAAAAUGAAAUUGAUAAUUCAGAGGGUGAAAAAGAUCACGCCAAUGAACAAGAUAAGCUUUAUUCAAAAGAAGAUUUAAAUAGUGAAGGAAGGCUUACAGGUAUAGAUUCAGACAUGGAUGAAAAGAUAAACAAUCUCUCCAGGAAAAAGAGCACUGGUGGAAGUGGGGAGGAAAACUAUACAUUUUCAGAGGAAGAAGGCGAAUAUGAAGGAGAUAACCUAUGUUUUGCAUCAGAAGAUCAUGAAGGCAUUAAAGGAAAGGCAGACAUUGAUAAAUCUUUUUUAAUGAAAGAAAGUACAGAAAACUCUGAAAGUGAGGGAUCCGAGAACAGCAAACAGAGAGAACCUAACAAAAACAAUGAAGAGGAACUAACUGAAGAGGAAAGAGAGUGUUUUAUAAAAGACUGUACAGAGGAAAACAUUGGCAGCAACAACAAAGAGGAGGGGAUUUGUGAAGGAAAUGGAAACCAUGUCAAGGAAAAGAGGCAAUAUUUGUCGGAUGACUAUGAUGAAGAGAUAAAACUUCGAAAGAGUGAGGAAAAAAUUAACAACAAGGACCUGGUAAAGAAUGUGCCAGGAGCAGAUGAACAUGACAGUGAGGCUGAAGGAGAGAAACGACAAUCUAAUUCAGCUGAACAGGAUGAUGAACAAAAGAAGAGCAAAUGGUUUUUUGAUGGACCUGUUGAGGAAGAGGAAAGGCAGGACAGGAACUCAUGGAUGAGUGAUGAUGAUGAUUAUGAUUAUGUUACAGUAGUCAGUGGCCAGUCUGAGAAAGAAGAGGAUAAUUAUACUUGGGGACAAGAGCUGAAGCUGAAGAAGGGAACUAGAGAUAUGGGUGUUGGCGAUGUUCAUGAAAGUCUGGGCAGUCCUGCUGCAAGCAUUUUAACAUCUGGCUAUGGCACAUACAGACCAGACUCGUCGAAAUAUGGAGACCCAGAAGAAGUGGACUAUAGAGACGACUGCACUGUGGCUGGAUUAGAAGAAGAGAAUGAAUCAGUUUUAUAUGAUAUUGACUAUGAAGAUAACAGCAGUCUGCUCUGGUUCAAGGAAAAUCUAACAACUGAUGGACGAGGUCCGACAGAAUCACCUGAUGGUAGGCAAAUUGUGGUUGCUCAGCAAAGCCAUGAUGGAUUUAAGGAUAAUAAACCUCAGUUUCCCGAUUUGCCAAGUCAAGCCGAGCAGCACCAGAGUCCAGCAAAAAAUGACAAUGCAACUGAAGAGUCAAGCUCCCAAAAUGUGGCGUAUUUCAAUGAAGGUUUGGAGUUGGAGGCUUUGCGGUACAGUCUUGACCACCCCUUUAAUUUGAGGCACAGGAGGGGCAGAGUUCAGAAGAGACCCGAGGAGAGACAAUAUCAUGGAGGAUAUGAUGAGGAACACCAAAGGAGAAAGGAGACGAGAGUCAGAGCUUAUGCUGGCUGCCUUGGUACAGUCAGUGAACUGGAGGAGCGUUUGGAUCAGAUGCGGAUUCCUACUUCUCGUGUGCAUUAUGACUCAGAGAGUGAAGAAACAGAAAGCUAUACUGACAGAACCAGCUCAGUGACAGAGGAAUCCUCAAGUGCUUUCCAACAAUACAUCAGAGGCAUGACACGAUCACACAGUGAGAGUGAUAUCCGACCUCGUCCAAAGUCAUUUAUUAGGCCAGUUUUUGAUCAUCCUCACACAAGGAACUUGAAGAAAACUGAUCCAGUUGCAAAGUAUCUUCAGUAUAAGCAGGAGUGGGAGAUGUUUAAGCCUCCAGGAGAGAAGAGCAGGAAGGAGCUACAUUGGGCCAUCAGGGAACAACUUAUGUAUCAGCCUCCACCACCGAGACCUCAGAAGACAUUCAUCCCCAACAAUUAUGUGGUUCCGACAGAGAAGAAGCGAUCAGCACUAAGAUGGGAGAUCAGACAUGAUUUAGCACACUGCAUUAUCCCUGCCAAAAUCUCCUAUCCUUAACAGACUCUUCCACCUACGCCUUAUCUUUUAUAUUGAAUUAAUACUAUUAUUUAUUCAAAUCAUCUAGCUUUUUUUUUACUUUAUGAAGCAUGUGAAAUGAGACGCCCAGAUCAUUGUUUUUAUGAAAUAAACAUUUUAAUCCAC